AUGCUGUGUUACGAAGAACAUGUUUACGGGAUACCUAGACUUCUAAGGAAUUGGAGCAUAGAUGAUUUGAAAGAACUCGACACAUCACUUUAUCCAUUUCCUAAUACUUUAUGGCAUGUGAAGUCUGUUGAGGAAGUUACACUCAAGGCGUCUUUCAUGGUCCUUGUGGGCGUAACUGGCAUCUUUCUUAACUCCAUUAUUUUGGUAAUUCUUAUCAAUAACAAAUGGCUGUGGACAGCGAGUAAUUAUCUUGUGGGAAACUUGGCUGCAGUAGAUCUCAUUACUCUUUUAUUCUGCCCCUGGCUUAUGCUUGCCAGAGACUUUUAUCAACAAUAUGUCUUGAAGAACUUCGGUUGCAAAUUUGAUGGUUUUUUACAAGCCACGAUGCUUCUUGCCAAUGUAGCAGCAAUCAUUUUAGUUUGCUACGACAGACUUGCAGCAGCAGUUUUGACUUCCGAAGCGAAAAUAACGAAAAGUGUAGCACCGAAGCUGAUUUUCACUUCAUGGAUUUUAUCAAUUGUGUUAUCAACGCCAUGGAUAUUCAAAAGGGAAUAUGUAGAGCGUCCAUGGAAAAAUUAUUUGGAAACAUAUUGUGUUGAAGACUGCGAUUUCCUCUGUAUCUACUGGCAUUUUUUGGUGAUUCUUCUCGUAUGGGUACCACUCGCGACGAUGAUCAUAACUUAUGGAACUAUUAUGUGGAAAUUAGAAUGGGGUGCCCGAGAACUUUCAGCCAGAGGUGGUGGUAGAACGAUCAUUCUUGCUAAGAGGAAGACUAUGCGAGUAACAGCUUGUAUUCUUUUAGCAGCAGCCAUAUGUAGGAUACCAUUCACAGUUCUUGUAUAUUGGAGGAAUAAUUUGAGGAAAGAGAUAAAUGCGGUUGAUGGUGGAUAUUCUAUAAUAUGGUUCAUAGCAACAUAUUUAAUGUAUGCCAACUGCGCUAUCAAUCCAAUUAUAUAUGGAUUUACUAACACCAGAUUUCGUAAAGCUAUGGAUAGGACUCCAUGUAUAGCAUGUUUUAGAUUUGGAUCGCUUUGCUGUGUUUAUGGAAAAGAAAUAAAAGAAAAACAAUCACCACAACACAAUAAUAAUGAGAAGUUAUUUGUCAUAGAAGGUACACCGCAACCACGAAGGAAAUUGUCUCAAAUGGUUAAAAAUCUCCUGCAUAUCCAUAGACACACAGUUGAACUGAGUAUUGCUAAAGUAGACGAAGCAACUACUAAACCUACAAAAGUAACACCACUUAAGAUUGAGCACCUGUAG